CAUCGCACCACGCAGCCGGACACAUUGCGAGCUCUAAACCCCAACAGACGGUUCAAUCUCCUCCGUCGGCCGUCGCGUAGCCGUGAGGCAAAUCCAAAAUUCGGUUAAUCGGUAAAAAUGAGGCGAGCUUCUACUCUCGCUGCUUCCACAGCAUUAUCCCGAGUCCUUCUGGCAUCUUCAGAACAACAACGAUACACCAGGCUCUUUCAGGUCACAUCCUUUUACGGCGGCAUCAAUGCCGGUUCUCCCCGGCGAUCAUUUUCAACAUCCAUGAGAUCCAUAUCUCGAGGCGUAUACUCGGAUACUGCUAAGUUUUUUCUGUCCUUAGGUGGUCUUGCCGCCGCUUCCGUCGCUGCUGGUGCCUCGUCAUUGUUGGUGGAAGAAGAGGCUUAUGCCAAAGAACUUCUUAAGCCUGAUCUAGUCCCGAAGGACGUUGUGCUCUACCAAUUCGAAGCUUGCCCUUUCUGUAACAAGGUUAAAGCAUUCCUGGAUUACUAUGAUGUUCCAUACAAAGUCGUGGAGGUGAAUCCAUUCAGUAAGAAGGAAAUCAAAUGGUCGGAGUAUAAGAAGGUGCCCAUAUUGAUGGUGGAUGGUGAACCACUGGUGGAUUCAUCAGCCAUUAUUGAUCAAAUGGGGAACAAGAUCAUUCGUGCAAAAUCUUCAUCAGCUGAUGAUGAAGAGAAGAAAUGGCGCAGGUGGGUUGAUGAUCACUUGGUGCAUAUGCUAUCACCAAACAUCUACCGCAACACUUCUGAGGCUCUAGAAUCCUUUGAUUAUAUUGCUAGCAAUGGUAACUUCAGCUUCUCUGAGAAAUAUACAGUGAAAUACGCAGGGGCCGCUGCUAUGUAUUUUGUGUCCAAGAAACUGAAGAAAAAGUAUAACAUUACUGAUGAAAGAGCAGCUUUGUAUGAAUCAGCAGAAACAUGGGUUAAUGCACUUGAUGGCAGAGAUUUUCUAGGGGGUUUGAAGCCAAAUUUGGCAGAUUUAGCAGUGUUUGGGGUGUUGAGGCCUAUUCGAUAUUUAAAAGCAGGUAAAGAUAUGGUGGAACACACAAGAAUUGGUGAUUGGUACUCAAGAAUGGAGAUUGCAGUUGGAGAAUCUUCAAGAAUAAAAACAUAGAUUCUUAAAAACUUCAAGGCUAACCAUUCUUAUUAUUCAUAUAUUUUUUUGAGUGAUUUUUUAAUUCUAAAAGAAGGGAAUUAACAUUGAUACCAGAUAUGAGAUAUGUAGGUAGGCAUACAAUAAAAAUAGAUCAAUAAGACAAACAUGUUGUUGGUUGCUUCCCUACAAUUUUGAAUUGCAUUUUUGUUAUUGAUUGAAUGAAUAUGAAUAUAAUACACAGUUACACAUCA